AUGUCUACCCUUCCUCAUUCAUCUUCGUAUGACGUAAACAGUGAGAUGGAAGAUGUCACUUCAGGUAUCACUUCAUUUGACGCGAAUGAGCUGGAGAGCAGACGAAGGAAUUUUCUUGAUGAUGGCUUUGUUUUUGGGCUUGAGGGCUCGGGCCUUGAACGGCCAAAAGGAAAAGUUGCCCAAGUGGUUGUUGAAGGAGAUAAUCUCGAGACAGAGCAAUGGCAGGUCUUAUUUGUCUGUCUAACUUUCUUGGCACACGCAGCGUUUGCUUCCGGCGCUUUCACCGAAAUCCUUCAAAGAAAUUCAGGCAACUUCGCCGUGUCGCUGGUAGAAUGUUCAGCUCUAUUAGUUUCAAGUUGGGUGCUGGCUGAUCUUGGUAGCGGCAUAUUGCAUUGGUCUGUCGAUAACUAUGGAAAUGGGCGCACGCCAAUCAUGGGAGGGGUUAUCGCUGCCUUUCAGGGGCAUCAUUCGGCACCAUGGACCAUCACAGACCGAGGAUUUUGUAACAAUGUCUAUAAGCUUUGUAUUCCUUUCGGCGCAGGCACCGUCGGUCUUGUGAGUCUAUUGAGUGGUCCUUUCGUCACUUUCUUCAUCGUCUGCUUUUGCAUCAUGGAGAUCCUUUCGCAGGAGUUUCACAAAUGGUCACACAUGACAAAGAGCGAGUGUCCCAACAUCGUCAACGGGUUACAAACUUGUGGUUUGCUUAUUGCGAGGCAGCCACAUGCGCAGCAUCACAUGGCUCCGUAUGAUGGCAAUUACUGCAUAAUAUCUGGUUUGUGGAACCAGCUGUUGGACGAUUCAGGAUUCUUUCGGCGCCUUGAACACAUUAUAUACAAUGUAAAUGGAAUCGAGAGCAAUGCCUGGAAACUUGACGAGGAACUGAAACAACGUACACUACAGGGCAAAUAUAAUCUCUCGCAUUAG